AUGGCUGGUGGACUGAAGAAAUGUUUGUCUUUGACUGGAUUCUGUCUUAUGUGUCUUAAAAUGGUUGCUUCAGCAAAAACAGCUCCUGAAAUACCCACCAUUGACCAGGCAUAUUCAAAAAUCAGCAGCAGUAUCACGGUGGAAUGGAUUACAGUGCCAGGGGCUACUAGUUACCUCCUCGCAGCCAGAGAUGGGGACACAGUCAUUGAAACUAUGGUGGCCGAUUCCCCAGGCACCGUGACAGGCUUGAAGGCUGCGACCUUGUACCAAAUCACCAUCAGAUCCAUCAGUGCUACUGGGAGAAGCCAGGCAUCACCUCCAAAGCAGGCAAAGACAGUAUUGGCUGCACCAAUUCUACAAGUAAGCUCUCCAAGUCCAGACUCUAUUCUUGUGCAGUGGGAAACUGUCUACACAGCAAUUGGAUUCUCUGUGUCCAUUAUGCGAGCCAAUGGCUUGGGGAGAAUAUGGAAAGAGAACACUACAAACACCUCCUUGACAUUCAGCAGUUUAGAUGCCGGAACUCUUUAUACCAUAAAGGCCUAUGCGUGGAAUGCCAACGGGAUCCCUGGAGAUGAUUCUACCUGCAAUCAGAGAACAAGUCCUCGUGCCCCUGCCAACAUCCAAGUCUCUUUUGACAGUGGGACUCUGAAGGCAUCUAUUUCAUGGACACCAACAGAAGGAGCUUUCAACUAUACUGUGAUGGCUCUGGGUGGCUCUUUAGAGCUGAGCUGUAGUACAUCUUUCAGUUCCUGCACCAUCUCUUCCCUUCAGUGUGGAACAGAGUACUUGAUUUCAGUGUUAGCAAGUAACGAUGCUGGAUCUAGCAAAUCAACUUCAGCAGUGACCCUGAAAACCGUUGCUUGUGCACCUGGAAGAGUGACGAUUCAAGAAGACCCACCUGGCCACUUGUCUGUGGCUUGGCCCAAUGUCGAGCUGGGUGAUUACUAUGUGGCCUUUGUGAAAAGCGAUGAUGGCUUAGAAGUGCACUGCAACACAUCCAUCACUCAGUGCAAUUUCCUAUCUGAGUGUGGCUUCACUUACUUUAUUAGUGUUUUUGCCUAUAACAAGGCAGGGCAGAGUCCUCUGGGUGAGGUGUUCAAUUACACCACAGCUCCCUGUUGUCCUAGUGACAUUAACCCUGUGUUCGUGUCCAGUGACAGAGUAGAAAUUGUUUGGUCUCCCGCUCGUGGCGCUGAACUCUAUGAAACCAAGGCUGUAGAUGGGUAUAAUUUGGUUGAGUGCAAUGAUACUGCCCCUGCUUGCACCCUUUCGGCUCUAGACUGUGACACCAAGUACAAUAUCACAGUGUAUUCAUUCAGUGAAAUCCGGGGCACCAACAUGUCAUGCACUUCUCGAUUUAUAACCACAGCUCCUUGUAGUCCUGAAAUAAAAAAGGUUUCAAAUGACGCAUUCUCCAUGAUUAAUGUGCACUGGCAAUCCACUAAUGAUGACGCCACUUACACAGUGACUGCCCAAGGGGAGAAAGGGCUGUAUCAGUGCAGCAGCACGGGAGAGUCCUGCACCCUGGUGGGCCUGCCCUGCGGCUCAGGGUUCUCCAUCACCGUGGUGGCAGAAACACAGGCAGGACAGAGCCUGCCAAGCUACAGCGUGCCCCUGGAAAUGGUGCCAUGUUGUCCAGCCAGUCUGACAAUAACUCAGGUCACCCAAUCAGUCAUCAAUAUGAGCUGGACUAUUGGGACUGGGGCCCAAACCUAUGUGGCAGUGCUGGAGUCACACACUGGACAAUCCAAGUGUCACACCCAUGAAAAUCACUGCCUUCUGGGAUGCAUCAUGUGUGGUGUCAAUUACACAGUGGCAUUAAAAGCAAUUAGUGCCACUGGACUGACUGCAGAUUGUGCCUUCCGAAGUUAUUCCUCUGGUGCCUGCUGCCCUUUGGGGGUGAAAUUAUAUAGGCUGGGCCCUAAUGGCAUUCGGAUCUACUGGCAAGCAUCCAGGGGCUCUACCAACUACAGCACUGACCUCUAUGGUUCCAAAGGCAUCUUCACAUGUGCCCCAAGCUCCAGCCUCAGCUUCUGUGAUGUCACCGAGAUACCCUGUGGAGACGUAUAUACUGUGAUGGUCUCUCCAGUUGCAGAGACAGGACUGAAGCUUACUUUCUGUCCCAAAAAAAUAUAUUCAGUAACCUGCUCUGGAAGUACACUUGGAAUGGUGAUUUACAAAGGGAAGAAAAAUGCAGAAUGAUACAGCAAGCCUUAGAUAAAAAGAGACUUGACAA